GGCAGCGGUCCAGCUUGGAAAACACUCCCCAGAGCUUGGCUAUAGCUGUGCACUGAUCAAUGUGGUGUAGUGUUGGUUUGUCCAUUCUAGAUCCGAUCUGGUAUGCUUCCUGAAGUGCUUUUUGGAUUUUGAAAUAUAAAUUCAUACAAAUAUGAUUUUCUCUGGAAGCUUAAGAUCCAGUCAAUCUGCUGCGAAUUGCAGACAAAGGUUCCGCCCUGCCUGUGAUACGGCCCAAAGAACAGAUAUGAAAAUGGAUCCAAGGAUAAAUCAGCAGCAUGGCCUUCCCACGGAAGCAUGGAGACCAGGACAGGAAGUAGUGGCUUCGUACAACUUUCAGGGGUCAUCAGCCGAGGAUCUUCCAUUCAAAAAAGGCGAUAUACUAACAAUCAUCCAAGCAACCAGGGAUACUAACUGGUACAAGGGACGCAAUGGUUCUGGUCGCGAGGGAAUGGUGCCCGCGACCUAUGUCCAGCGACGGAGAGAGGUGCCCCUACAUGCAAUGCCAUGGUUCCACGGGAAAAUAAAACGAGAAAAGGCGGAGGAAUUACUUGUGCCUCCUGAAGACGGACUAUUUCUUGUGCGCGAGAGUGUGAAUUACCCAGGCGAUUUCACACUUAGUGUGUGUCAUAAGUCCAAAGUGGAACAUUAUCGCAUAAUUUACAGUCAUAACAAGAUGACCAUAGAUGAAGAAUCGUAUUUUGAAAAUCUUACACAACUUGUGGAGCAUUACUCUAAGGAUGCUGACGGUCUGUGUAUCCGGCUGAUACGUCCCCUGCAGAAGAAAGGCUCUAGUUUUUCCAUGGUGUCCGUCCAGGACUUCGAGAGUGGUGGCUGGGUAAUUCACGAACGAGACCUUGAAGUAGGAGAGUCCAUAGGGAAGGGUGAAUUUGGAGAUGUGUGUAAGGGUGAAUACAAACACCAACAGGUAGCAAUAAAACAGCUCAAGAAACAGGACAAUGCUGCACAGGCUUUCUUAAAGGAAGCGUCUGUAAUGACAUCACUACGACAUCCAAACCUGGUCCAGUUGAUUGGAGUUGUUUUAGGAGAAAAUAUUUUGAUUGUAACAGAAUUUAUGGGAAAGGGGAAUCUAGUGGAAUACCUACGGUCUCGUGGCAGAAGUGUAAUUACAAAGAAGGACCAAAUUGACUUUACCACAGACACCUGUUCAGCUAUGCAGUAUUUAGAGAGUAAGAACCUAGUACACAGAGAUUUAGCUGCCAGGAAUGUGUUGGUGAACGAAAGCAAUACAGCUAAGGUAUCAGACUUUGGUCUGGCCAAGCAUGGAGAUUACUCACAAGAAGGGGGAAAGUUUCCAAUUAAGUGGACGGCACCUGAAGCUCUGAGAGACAAUGAUUUUUCCAGUAAAUCUGAUAUGUGGAGUUUUGGUGUAUUAAUAUGGGAGAUCUAUUCUUUUGGAAGAGUACCAUAUCCUAGAAUUCCGUUAGCAGACGUGGUGGCCCACGUGGAGCGUGGAUACAGGAUGGAGGCCCCAGAAGGCUGUCCUAAGGAAAUCUACACAAUCAUGCUCAGCUCUUGGGAGCUUGUUGGCGCCAAUCGACCAACAUUCAAGGAAGUUCUAGACAAACUGAACAAUUUGAGAUCCACAACCGUAUAGCAAACACCAUAGUGCAAGAAUCAAGGGUUUCUGGGACGAGCUGUGUGUAGGACAAUAAGAGAUUUAAUCAUUCAAACCACCUGUCUGCUACAGUCCGUGCCUACUGCAGUCUGCCUACAUGUCUCCUUAACAUUAGGAUAUGUAUUAUUUUCACUGUUUGCAGUGGACAGGAGAGAAGAGUACCACAUUGCCUUCCUAUACCGUGAUGUAUAAUGUCAGUUAUUGUUUUUGUCCGUAAUAGCAAUGUAUGUGUAUACAUGGUCUAUGUACCCAAUGAUGAGAUUCUAGACUGUGAAAGGCUGCAUUCCACUGUGGAACUAUUUCAAGUAUUUGAAAACUGGCGCGGACAGAUUUUCUUUUUUCACAUAUGCUGUAGAUGUACUUGGAACUUUUAGAUUAGCAUGUGUCUGUUACAUUACUGUUUCACAUGCUAUAGAUGUAAAGAGAACAAACCAAUUUGUCUCCCUUACGUCUGAACUUUUUACUUCAAUUUUCAUGAAUAUGGCAUAAUAUUGUCAGAUGUUUAAAGUUCUAUAAGAAUUCAAGAUGGAUAUAAGAUUUCAUGUCUCAAAAUUGACACACUAAGUAAUAACUUUUAUUUUCAAUUUAUUGGGGAAAAAAGAAAAAUUAGCCGAUUUUCCUUGCAAAUUUGGUAUUGGUCAGUAAAAAUAAAACAUGGAAUCGUGCAAGAAUGAAACAUUCCACCAGUAGUUCACUAUCUGAAAUGCUAGCUUGUCUGUAGCAUGCAGCGAUAAGGGAGAUCUGUAAUGCUGUAUUUCUAAAGACUGAUAAUACAGCAGUUAAUUUUUUACACAAAUUACAUAUGCAUUUUCAUAUGUAUGUUUUUACAUAUGUGUACAUUAAUGGAACUGUGUUUAUAUAGCUUAAUUACCAUAUGGUCACCUAUAUUCAGAAAAAGAUUAUCCUCUUGGUUUAUGUGAAAAUAUGAUCCCUAAACAUUAAAAUGUUUUGAAGUUUUUCUAAACACUUUAAAUCUGAAAUAACCAGGUCAAAAUGUACCGAAAUUCGUUACUCCAAAUACUCCAUCUCGCAAUUGCAAACAAUAAAUUCUUAAAUCUCAUAAAUCAUUCUGUGUGUACGUGAGAAAGAAAAUACUGAUUUAAUGUGACGUUCAGGUCUUGUGCCUAUAGUUUUGUACCGGUUAUAGAGAGAAUGAAAUCUGUGAUUUUAGGGUGUAGAAAUAGUGCAAAUUACUGUACAAAUCCUUUUUGCAUGUCUCGUACAGCUGUCGUAUAAAGAUUGGGGAAAAUUUGUACUAUUGCUUUUUUUCAAUUCAUUUCUAACAUAUAUAUAUGUAUAUAUAUUUUUUUGCGAUUUAGCUUAUUAUAUCUAGAAAUAUGCAUAUGUUUUCGUAUGACAUUGGUUUCCUUAUUUAUAUUGUCACUCAAUGCUUUUUUGUAAUUCAUCUUGUACUGUAGUUUAACCCAAUUAUCCCCGUGACCUGGUGGCCUUUUGAAGUCAAAGUGAUCGUCUGAAGGUGAGCUAGCUUACAAAUAGCAAGGCUUGCUUCCUCGUCAGCUAUAUUUAUGUCGAACUCUUUUUGUGUUGUUUUCAAUGAAAUCAGCUCUAUGGUCCCAAGAGAUCUAUAGGACACCAGUAAAAUAAUGUGUUUUAAUGAUUCAUGAGGUUCCUACUAAAAGAAGAACACGUGGAAAACAAGAUUAAUUGGUCCUUGUACCAAUUAUUUUCUUACAACAGCUGUUUUAUUUGGAAUGUCAAUAUGGGUAGUAUUUCAUUUACAUGUUUUAUGAUUACAACUUUAAUAUAGUAGACAUCUUAUAGAUCAUCCAAGGAAACAAAAUACUAAAUAUUUAAUUGAAUGACCAACUUAAUUUGUGUAUUUCACCAAUUAGUAUUAUGCUGUAUGUUCAAUAUCAAAAUUUGUAGUCCCAUCUUGAUAUAUUCAUAAAAUCAUGAUUUAUUCUGUUUGGAAUGUUUAUCAAACGUGAAAUUAAACGGAAUUUGAUGCUUGUAUGGGAAAACCGGGCAUUCUAUCUUGUCCUUUAAAUCUCAAAAUAGUUCUGCAUGGCCUUCACAAUACAUUUAUAGAUUAUGCGAAACAGCUAUGCUUUGUAAAAAUCCUUCGUUGAGAUAAUUGGAUGAGGUGAUAGUGUGUCGAGACCUAAUUUAUGGCAUUUUGUGACAAUUGUAUGUGACUCAUGUAGUCGAUAUGGUGUUGAAAAGUGGCAAAAUUUUGUGAACAAAUUAUGACAAAACACAUGAAGUUUGAUAUAUAUAUUAUUUUUAUAGACAAUGAUAUCAGAUGUUUUGGUGGUAAACUGUAUGUGUAUUCAGAUUAAGAUUGGUUUAUUUGCUUGUGUGUGGGUGUGACUAGCUACUUCGUGACACCUAGUUCUCCAUGUGUGGGUGUGGCUACUUCAUUACACCUAGUUCUCCAUGUGUGGGUGUGGCUACUUCAUUACAUCUAGUUCUCCAU